AUGCUCAUUCUGUGUAUUAGGUAUUGUAUGGUUUAUGCCAAUACAGCUGCCUUCGCAAGUGCCGAGAAACUCAGAAUGCCAGGGGCAAAAUUAGUGGAAGAUGACGAUGACGAUGAUGAUGACGAUAGCGCAGAAGACAGUGAUGAUGAUGAUGAUGAUUAUUGCGGCACUGGCCACGAAAAUUUCAAAAAUAAUCAUGAACUGAUCAAUGAAUAUAUCACUGCCAUGGGAGCGGAUGCAACAACGGCUAUUCGGAUCGUCAAUGAUGAUGCAGCAACGCUCGAGUGGGAGAUUGUCAUUCCGCCUGCGAUGUUGAACUCGAAUAAUGGAGGUCUCAGUAUAGGCACUGUGUGUAAACAGAGUAAAAGCCAGCUGCCGACAUUGGAGAAUGUGGCCGUUGAGUCUUAUCCAUGGACCGAAAACGUCAAGGGCGAUUGGGAUACAUGGAUAGAGUAA